AAUUUACUUUUAUUCUCCAGCCCUAAAUCAACAAAUCGUCGCCGGCGAUGUCUUCUUCUUCUUCUCCUUCCUCUGCUUCCGUCUUGAAUUUUGCUUCGCUCUGCCAUUGAAGUCUGUUGUUGAUUCUUCAACGGGAAGAAGUCACCACGAGCUUCGACAUAUAUUGAUAACAUGUUUUCUGGCAUAAAGAUAAUACCUCGUGACGAGGUUCUUCAUGAUAGUUCGGAUGGAGAAAAUGAGAAAUCUAAAAGUGGGAAGGAUAGAAGAAGAAAGAGCAAGGAGGCUAAUAGAAAAGAAGGAAGUAAGAGAGACGGGAAGAAGAUUGAUAAGAGUGGAGAUGACAAGACCGAUGAAGGUGAUAUUGUUAGAAAGAGCAUUGGUCUCGAUUGGAUGCUGCCGCCAACACGAAAGGCGGAUCCAAACCCGGCUUUAGAUGUAGAGGACAAAAUGGAGGAAAGUAGACCUGAAGAGGUAACGAAAGUAAACCCAAGGGAGCUAAAUCCUUAUUUGAAAGGCAAUGGAACCGGUUAUCCCGAGGAAGAAUCCGACGAAAGACGCGGUAAAGAUCAGCUUUUACCGACUUCUGUUGUUGGAGAUGGGGGUGCAAGUUGGAGAAUGAAAGCACUCAGGCGUGCAAAGGAACAGGCUGCGAGAGAAGGGCAAAGGCUUGAGGAGGUUGCUGGAGAACGAUGGGGUUCUCUUGGUAGCCUUGUUGAGUCAGUGGCAUCCCAACGAGCAGCUCCAUCUCGUGCCCAUUUGAAUGCCAUUCAUAAUAGAAGAAGAGGGAACAAUCAAGAGAAUGAUAAGGAGAAAAAACCCGAAAGAGUUUCCGAGAUGGGUUAUGGUCGGGAUUAUUUGAAGGAUGACUCGCCCCAUCAUCGUGUAUUGAGAGCUCCCAAAACUGACCCUUCAUUAUCUUGGGGAAAGAGAAAGGGCCAAACUCAUAGAAACGAAGACUCGAGGCUUCUAUCUGAAGCUGCAGCUCACUUGAAUAAGUUUUCUAAUGAUGGAAACUUCAUGAAGGAAAUGCUUUCUAAGCAGAAGAAUGAAUCAGUGUCUCCCAUAGAGACUCGUGGAGAACGCAGAAGUGAUGUGGAGCAGAAAACAUUACCGUCAGACACCAAUAAGGAUGGUGGUGAAGGAACUCUUAGCGGUAUGGAAUCUUUAAGUGUGAAUCAACUGGCUGCCAAAGCCUUACAGCUCCGUUUGAAAGGGAAACUUGAAGAAGCCCAGAAGCUUACGGAAGAAGCAGAGAGGCUGAGAGCAAAGCAAGCUGUUGGAGACGGUGUAUCCAAAGAACAUUGCAUCCGAACUACAGUGAGGUAUCCUACCAAAGAUAUGUCGGUUAGAAGGAAGAAUGAAGAUAAUACGGAUAUACACCUAGCCAAAAGCAUAAUGCAGAACAAACAAUACAAAACAUCUAAUCAGGCUGCAGAUGAUGAGUAUGACUAUGGAGACGCUCCAAGCAAGAAGUCCCGGAAGCGGGAAUCAUCCGGUAACAUACCUGAAAAGGAACACCGCGUGAAACGCAUCAUGACUCAGCAAGAACGCUGUUUCUUCUGCUUUGAGAACCCAAAGCGGCCAAGGCACUUAGUUGUGUCAAUCGCAAACUUCACCUAUCUGAUGUUACCACAACAUCAGCCUCUCGUCCCAGGCCAUUGCUGUAUCCUGCCAAUGCAGCACGAGGCAGCCAGUAGAAGUGUUGACGACAAUGUUUGGGACGAGAUUCGUAACUUCAAGAAGUGUCUUAUAAUGAUGUUUGCGAAAGAAGGAAAAGACGCUGUGUUUCUAGAGACAGUGAUUGGUUUGUCUCAGCAGCGUCGCCACUGUUUGAUUGAGUGUAUACCAAUCCCUCAGGAGAUAGCAAAAGAGGGACCUCUUUACUUCAAGAAGGCGAUCGAUGAAGCUGAGAGUGAGUGGAGUCAGCACAAUGCAAAGAAGCUUAUAGACACAAGCGUGAAGGGUCUCAGGAACUCUAUACCCAAGAACUUCCCUUACUUCCACGUCGAGUUUGGUCUAGACAAAGGGUUUGCUCACGUGAUUGAUGAUGAGCAGCAUUUCAAUAGCAAUCUUGGACUGAAUGUAAUCAGAGGAAUGCUCGAGCUGCCGGAAGAAGACAUGUACAGACGAAGAAGGCAGGAAUCGGUGGAGAGCCAGAAGAAAGCGGUUGUGAGCUUUGCACGUGAAUGGGAACAUUUUGAUUGGACAAAACAGCUCGAUUAGAAGAUCGAUGGUUUGCUAGGUAAACCAAUAAUCAACGAAAGGAUUUCUUGGUUCAAAUGUGUUUGAGAGGAUGAUAAUAUCAUUAGUCCUUGAACUAGGACUGUCCAUUUCAUUACGUGUUCUUUAAGCUGUCUCUCCCUGAUUAAUCAAAGACCGAACCGUUUCGUUAAAACUAAUUUAUACUUCUAAACCGAAAUUAAAUCUGUAACCCAUAAACCCCAGCUUUUAUCCUUUUAAUCAAA